GCGGUGUAGGCUUCCCCCUGCUCCCGGCGAGAAAGAAUCCCGGGCUCCUCUCAGCUCAAGAUCGAGGAGCACAGAGGGACUAGGGGCCACAGAACAGUGACUGAGAUUUCAAAUACGUAAAUAAAUAAGAUGAAGAGGCUGCCCAAAUAGCUAUGUCUUUUCAGUUGUUGGAAUUGACAAUCAUGGAUGAAAACCAGUUAAUUGAACAAGUCCUGGACCAAUUUAUUCAUCGCCAUGAGCAGACAUAUGAAGAAUUUUUAAACACUUUCACUUAUCUUUCAAAAGAUCAUAAACCUGGCACAGACUCUUCGGGAGCCCUCUUUGCCACAGUCGUGUUUCCUCGUGAUCAGCAAGUCAGAAAUGAGCACCUCCUUGCCAGUCCUGUAGCCCCACCGCCCGAGGAGGAGCAGAUUGUGAUUGAUGAAGGCCAGAAAGUUGGCAUUUCCAGUCACGGGGACCUAAAGUGGGCAGGAAAGGUGAAGGUAGACAAUUUCCUAGAUUUGGAAGAUUUUGACAGGGAUGAAGAGACCGGCCACAAGCUGAGCCCAGAGUCAAUGCUGCUUCCGGGAGAGGUAGAAGAUGAAGCACAUUUCUCUGUUGCGAGCUACGUCCCUUCUUUUGACCAGCAUUCGUGCUCUGAACCAAAGACCCAGCCAACAGAACAACCAGCUUACAGGCAUUUGACGGAGGUAUCUGGAGAUGAAGUUCAGCCCUUCUCACUUGAUGAAGAAUUUGACUACGACACCGUGACGCUAACCCCCAAGUUCUCUAUUGCAGAGAUGAAAACAAUUAUAGAAAUGUCUAGACAGAGUAGAUUGAACCCUGGCAUGGAGGGCGAAGAACCAAAUAUCUGAUUUGUAACAAUUUUUUCUUGCUUUCUUUUAUUCCUCUUAUUUUUAUCAGACAAUAUUAGAAUAAAAGGCAAACAAGUGCUGUACCUUAAA